AUGGCAGAUGAUGAGGGAGGAGGGUUAUGGAAUUUAAAUGUUGGUGAUGAUUUUGAAGCACGAUCACGACCAAGUCCCCGGAGAGGCGCGAGGGUCCAGCCCAGGGGGUAUAUAAGGCCGAGGUCCGACCCAGACAGUCACAUUCGACGCUUCAGGUUCAGACAAGCAACACCCUCACUGCCCACUGUCUCCUGCGCCUUCUCCAUGCGGUACUCUCUCGUUGUUCUGGUGGUGUGUGUGGUGGCGCUGGUAUCUGCCAGGUAUGCCCCGACGAGGGACCACAACAAGGACUGGCUUUCCCUGAUUUCGGGGCAGCAGCAGCUCAGGGACGCCCGGAUCAUCUACACGCUCCUGAACAAUGACCCUGAUUUCAUGAGGAAGCGCGGACGCUCUCAUGACCAGCUGAAGCAAGGCUUCGACAGCAACGAGGGCGACUUCGACGGCUUUCAGCACCCCUUCUUCUACGUGAGCCACCAGAAGCAGCAUGUGCAGCAGCGCGAGCCCUUCGUGUUCAGCAGGAUCGGCGGCCACGGGAACAUGGAGCCCGAGAAGGCCGUCGUGGUGGACUUCCCCUUCCGACUCGGGCGCCUGGCGGAGGACCUGAGCGAGGGCGGCGCCCUGGCCGAGGACAGCGUGGGCGCGCACCUUCCCGGCGGCGUCCAGGGCGAGGUCUAGGCGCCGUUCGACCUUCCUGCGUUGCACGAGCCCACAGCUAUUGCACCGUUUUUGGUGUCUGUAAAGUAGACGAUAAAUCACAUAUAUAAGUAUGAUAGUUCGUUGUAAGGUAGCAAGUCCUAGUUGUUGAUGAUGGCACAGCAAGACCUGAAGGAGAAAUUAAAGAACAUGGAUAUGGCGUCAUCGGGCACCGAGGCAGCGCCAUGGGACGCAGAUUAUAUGACGUCAGCAGGUACAAGUCGGAGGGUAUGACGUCAUCAAGGCAACACCAAAGAACAAGACACCACAACUAACCAAUUACGACGCAGUCAAUCCAUAACGUCAUCGGCAGCAAACUGAAAAAAAUAAAAACGUUCGUCUGUCAUCAAAUUGUCAGAAAACGAGGCUGAUUCCUCUCUAAUCCUUUCAGGGAACUAUUCCUCGGCGUAUCUCCCAGAUAAAAAGCUGCUUGUGACCCGAGAGCCUCACCCGAGCGCUUCGAAGGACAUAAUGACAGCUCCAGAAGCACUGACAAUAGAGCGUGAUUAGCUGUCAUGUCAUUUUGGUGUAUGUCUUCCUGUGACGUCGACCCUCCCCACCUCCCCUGUUCUCCUCCCUCUCUGUUAACGAAAACGUUUUGAAAUGAGUUCCUUUUUCUUUUCAUACGACAGCAACAAGGCAUCUUACCUUGUCACACGUGUCUGGUCACAAAUACAAGAUAAAUUGUAA